UGGUGUCCAUGGGCUCUGCAGACCAUCAGUUCAACCUUGUUGAGAUCCUGUCACAGAACUACGGCAUUCGGCAGGAGUGCGACCAGGCUGCAGGAGACCCAGGGAAGCCGGAGGGAGAGUUGGAGAAGGACUUCAUCUCCCAGAGCAGCGACAUGCCCCUUGAUGAACUGCUUGCCCUCUAUGGCUAUGAAGCGUCAGACCCCAUCUCGGAGCGGGAGAGCGAGGGCAGUGACACCACAGCCAAUCUCCCUGACAUGACCCUGGACAAGGAACAAAUAGCGAAGGAUUUGCUUUCAGGGGAAGAAGAGGAAGAGACACAGUCCUCGGCUGAUGACCUUACCCCGUCCGUGACCUCCCAUGCGGCCUCCGAUCUGUUUCCUAACCGGAGUGGACCCUGCUUCCUGGCUGACGGAGACAAAGAGCCUGGCUCCUCCACCUCGUCCGACACAGAGGAGGACCCUCUUCCUGCCAACAAGUGUAAGAAGGAGAUCAUGGUUGGGCCUCAGUUCCAAGCUGACCUCAGCAGCCUGCACUUGGACCGCCAUGGUGAGAAAAUCUAUGAGAAUGACGACCAGCUGCUUUGGGACCCCAACGUCCUCCCUGAGAGGGAGGUGGAGGAGUUCCUGUACCGGGCAGUGAAGCGCAGGUGGCACGAGAUGGCUGGGUCUCAGCUCCCGGAGGGAGAAACGGUGAAAGACAGCGAGCAGGCACUUUAUGAGCUGGUGAAAUGCAAUUUCAACGCAGAGGAGGCUCUGCGGAGGCUGCGAUUCAACGUGAAGGUGAUCCGAGAUGGGUUCUGUGCUUGGAGCGAGGAGGAGUGCAGGAACUUUGAGCAUGGCUUCCGAGUGCACGGGAAGAACUUCCACCUGAUCCAGGCCAACAAGGUACGCACGCGGUCCGUGGGCGAAUGUGUGGAGUACUACUACCUGUGGAAGAAGUCCGAGCGCUACGACUACUUCUCCCAGCAGACGAGGCUGGGCCGGAGGAAAUACGGCCCGUCUGGAGCCACGGAUGUAGACCAGGACCUGGACAGCAGUGACCCUGAUGGCCGCCCCCACCCCUCACCGCCUCUGCCCCCUGCUGCCGACAGCCUGGGCUCUGAGCAGGACCCCCUGGCACGGAUGCACACAGAGCCGCUGAGUGUAGACAGCGCGGCCGGCAGUCUCGGUGAGCCUGGGGAGAGCUCCGACAGCCUCCCGUCCUCGGAGCCAGGGCCUUGUCCGUUUCAGCAGCUGGACACGCCCCCAGCUGUGCCCCUGCCCAGGCGGCCCCCAGCCCUGGCCGAACCAGCCUUCUACCCCCCGGCCACAGCCACUCCGGAGCCCAGCACCAGCCCGAGAUUGGCUGUGGACUUGGCCCUGCCGGGGGCCCUCCCCGAGGAGCUGCCCCUCAUCUCUAGCCACGUGGAUAUGAAUGGAGAGUCUGAGGAGGCUGUGGCCCCAGCACAGGUGGCCUUGUCGGUCACUGAGUUUGGACUCAUCGGCAUUGGGGACGUGAAUCCCUUCCUGGCCGCCCACCCAGCGUGCCCAGCCCCCGGGCUGCACUCGGAGCCCCUGUCACACUGUAACGUGAUGACGUGUUGA